AUGAAGGGUUCUCUCAUGCUCGGUGCCUUGUGCGCCCUCGGCGCUGCUGCCAGUCCGCUCAACAAGCGAGUUUUCGUGACCGACGUCGAGGUCACUGUUGUUACCGUCACUGUUACCGAGACGCCAAGCGCCAUCCCCUCGUCGACUUCAACUUCCACUUCCACGUCCAUCACCCAGGCCGCCGCUCCCAAAAUCGUUAAUGAAGCCCACCAGGAGCCGACCUACUCAUGGCCACCAUGGCCCACCACCACCUCUGCCUCGUUGACCUCGAUCUCGUCAACCUCGGUGGUCAUUCCCCCAACCACCACCGUCCCCGUUGAGACCUCCACCUCCACCAGCGCUGUUCCCACUGGCACUGGAGAUUCCUACCAGCAGAUGCUGCUCGACUCUCACAACAUUCACCGCUCCAACCACUCUGCUCCAGCUUUGUCAUGGAACGACACUCUAGCCGAAAGUGCCCUGGCUUUAGCCAAUACCUGCGACUACCACCACGACACAUCUCUUGGCCCUGCCUCCUCCUAUGGCCAGAACAUCGCUUAUGGCGUUGAUAUGACUGAAGUCAACAAGAUCAUCACCGACAUGAUGUACAACGACGAAAUGAUGUACUAUCAGGAUCUGUAUGGCCAAGCCAAUCCCGAUAUGAGCAACUUUGAGCACUGGGGCCACUACAGUCAGAUUGUCUGGGUCAACACCCAAUCCGUAGGCUGUGCCACGGUGACCUGCUCUCCUCUGGCCGAGUCGGGCUCGAACGACGCGCUGCCGUUCACCGUGUGCGACUACUACCCAGCUGGAAACUACGGCGGUGAAUACGCCGACAACGUUCUGCAGCCACUGGGCCAGGCCAUGGUUCAAGUCUAA